CUAUCCAGCACUGUUUGUGAGCCACGCCAUCCUGCAGUAAUUGCAGUCGACCUAUGACCGAAUAUUCAAAACUUCGGGUAACUGAAAACUAUCGCUUUAUUGCCAUAUUGCCGAAGGCUUGUGUUCAGACACCGAGAGUUUUAAACCAGACAUUUCGACCGAUUCUCGUGCGUCUUAGAGACUUCACAUACAACUGCGCCUUGAAGCUAGGUGCGUGUUAUCUUAUUACAGGAUAUUUUAGUUCUUCGCCAGCGUGCUUCGAGUCAUGCACGCUGGACGAAGCAUAGACCGGAGGGCGGGGGGCCCACGUCGUCGAAGAGCUGUCGUGCAUCUAAAUGAUUUUUUGCGUGAUGAUGCACCUCCCAACUUGAAUGAUGCUGCCGCUAAUCAAGGAUCUCAAACCGCACCACCCAUGUCUCCAGCCAAAUCACAAGCUUCGGGAGCUGCUAUGCAAGGAGUUCCUCCCUUAUUGAAUGCAUCACCUCGUUCAGUCGGACGAGUACUCACUCCGGUCCCUCCAUCGUCGCCACCUAACGUUUGGCGCACCGAAGACGAGCCGGCAGCCGAAGCCUAUUUGCCUGAUGAAACCGAAUUCCCAGUAAUGGGCGGAGUACGCUUUAAAAAGGCCAAGCAAUCGCAUUCAAUGAAGGAGCAGCCAGAACAAACAUCUCCUGCGGGAUCUGGUGAACAGUCAAAGAAACGUAAUCGCCGCAUUACAACACCCGUUCUGGGAAACUUUCUUAAAUUGCCAUCGCCAACACCAGCACCUUCACAGAAGGGACAGCAGGCUGUGCAAAAAAUACAACAGAUUUUACAACCAAAAGAAAUUACUCCAAAACCGGAACCGCCGAUUCCAGUUCCGGAGAAGCCGGUGGUAUUGGAUAAGCAACAGAUUGUCGAGAAAUGGGAAAAGUGGGUGCGUGAGAGCUCGCAUGCCAUGUCGGUCGAAAUUGGCAAAUCGGACGCAGAUGAGCCGGCUCCGCAGAAACCUAAGCCAACGGAUAGCAAAGCUGCACGUAUCCCAGCGAAAACUGACAUUUUGACAGUUCCGGAUAACGCAUCCACUAUGUCUCAGAAGGUGGUAAACAAAAAUCAGGCCAAUAAGUCAACCUCAACCGCAACAAAGUCACCUGAUAAGCAUUCCGAAGAGCUGUCGGCAAGCAUAACAGUUCCGCAGCAAAAAUACAGUUCCCCAUCCCCAGGGCAUAGGGUUGAACCAAUUGAGCAAUCAAAGCCUCAGUUAAAAGAGGGUAUUUGUGAUCGCGAACCAUUAAAAUGCAAUCAGUUCCAAGGCACUUCUGGCACAAAUGACAGAAUGCCAAAAUCCGGAACAUUCGUACAAGAUAUGGCAAAUGAGGCGAAGUCGUCGACUCCAGCUCCACAGUCCUCCCCUCAGAGAGACGCUGAUAACCAACCGUCGACUUCAGCAGCGGCUCGCGAAAAGUUAAGAGUUUCCCAGCAACAGUUGAGCUGGACUUCCCGUCGCAACCAGCGAAAAUCUCUUAGCCCCCGACCUCCUGUACAGCACGCAUACAACAAAGAUCAGCCACACGUCAAGAAAGAUCGCCCAUUCAAUGUGUAUUCUCAGGGAGUGCCUACGAAUGUGGGUGCGGUGCCUCGUCAAGUGUCGGCUAGUGUGCCAGAGCCAAUAACUGGUGGACGCACCUAUGCUGAACUGAUGCGCGAACGACAAAAGAGAUCUCCGAAGAACUUUCCGUCACACACAAGUGGACGGAUGAGAGAGAGCGGUGGGAUGUCAACUAUCCGGCCGACUGCCAUAAUGUACCAAAUGCCGUCGAAUCCGCGUUUAACGAUUAAUCCGAUGAUGCGACAGCAAGUAACAAUGCCGCCCAUUAUGUUGCAACCAAGGGAGCAGAAUCGGCGUCAGCCCCUGAAUCAGGGCUCUGGAGACAGACCUCAGAGUGCGCAAUCCAUUCAUUAUCGCGAAACCUUACCGUACGAACAACAGCUGCAAGGUGAAGGGGAUGUGGUUGAUGUGAACUCACAACUGUAUCAAACCCGGCGUAAGAAGAAAUGGCGACGCCACAGUUAUGAAGGCAAUGAUUUGAUGUGGCAGCGGAGUCCACCACAAUAUUGCCAGGGACGACCGCAAGCCAGACUCCGCCUCAAUUCGACCAGUGGUGACCCAGAAAAUCGAACAGACGCAUCGUUUGUUCAUGAAGUGUACGCGCCUCUGCAGACUGCUAAUACGGGCAGCAUGAUGAUGUCCUUUGACAAUCACACAAUGGCUGAAACAGCACAAGAGCAACACAAUACAACGCAGUGGGACGGGUUGGAUCAAUCGCAAGAACAAGCUGAUGCAGAUGAAGGGCCGGUAUCGUCCAUCGAAGCGUUGGCUAUGAACAGCACCCUUAAUCAGAAUGCUACCCCAUUCCGUCCAAUGUUUCGCCGAGCUAUCGACUUUCGUUUGGCGCGUACCAAUAUUGGUCAAGGAACUGUGCCAGCAACUGCGCCAGGCUUGGGACGUAUCAGUCUGAUUAGUGCACGCCGACGAAGGCAACGCAUACGAAGAAAGCUGCGACCUGAUGAUUUGAAUGAGAUGCCUUCAAUGUUUGGAGAGCAACUGGAUUUCCAAGCACCGUCGCAACAGCAACAGUUCCAAUAUCAGCCGCCAGUUCAGGCUCAACAGCAGAUUUCGAAGCGGAAGGCAAAAAUGCUACGUCGGCAACAGAAUUUGGCACUGCAGCAGCAUCAGGGCCUGCUUCCGACACCGGACAUGCCACCUUCCUAUGGAUACGAAGCAGCACUACAAGCAGCUCCGGUUGUGCAUUGUACGGACGCAGUUGCUCCGACCUAUUAUCAGGCAUAUGAUCCCAACAGCUAUCAAUGGGCGGCGGCCACUGCACCGCCAAUAAUCGCAACACCCAUUUAUAUCGAUGCAAGCCAACUGACCCAAGUGGCGCCAAUAACUUUUGCUACUCCAAUACAGUUGCAGGAAGGGCAAGUGACUGCAGCGGCGGCUGCAACAGAAAAUAAUGUUGUUGGCCAGUCGGUUUUUUGCUUGCCCAGCCUCAACAGUGGGCCGAUCAGCCCUAUAUCAACUAUUUCUGCCCCAUGCGACUUAACGGGUCUGAUCCAUCCAACAACAUCGCCGCCCAGUCCUCAGAUCAGCGAUUUACUGCCAGAAUCGAGCAGCAGCCCCAGUACAGCCUCGAACCAGAUGGACAGCAGCAAGUGGACACAGAAUACGCUGGAUAUGUGGACACCAGUGGAUCGAAUGUCGCCUUCGGCGCCGACACACCAGUCGCUGCUGGACAUGGAUCUAUCCCAAGUGUCUUCCUAUCUGGAUACGGACCCAAUGUUAUUCAGCUACAGCCAGCGCAUGGAAGAGGACGGGGAAGCUCAGGUUUCAGCGGUUAGCGAUACAGUCGAUGCAUACACUGUUUUGGGCCCCAAUAAUGCGACGACCCCACCAAUUAUUGAACAGAAUAUUCGCCCACGGCACGAACUAUUUGUUACUAAUGCCCAAAAGAAGUUGCCUGCCGGCAAUUUCGAUUUGAACCUAGUGCCACCGAGCAUUAAGAGGCUCUAUCGCUUAAUUUGUACAAAUUACUCCGAUUACUCGUUUCUGUACGCGCUAAGUGCACAAAUCUGUCAGGAUUGCGUUCCAAUGGAAUGCUUCGUUUAUGUCAAAAUGGCAUUACUUGCAAGCCUCAAUUCAUUCGAGCCCGGCGAGUUGCGCGCUCCCAUUUCUUUGUGGGUGAUCGCCAACGACAGCCAUUUGGCGAACAAUUUGCUUCACAAUGUUGGGCAACUAGCACCGCGAUUUAUUGGCCCCCAUGAGGGUGGCCAACAACAACAGCCGUCGGCUUUACCGAGCCGCUACACUUGGCACACUGCUUGCCCUCUGGUAAUGGCUCAACAGGGCGUAUAUUAUAUUGGCGACUGGAAUCGUCUGCAGCGCGAACAAUGCGAGGAACUGGAGAAGUGCAUAGAAAAUGGUGCCGUGCCGCAGCCGACUCUGCAAGCUGAGCAGCCACUGGAGGCGUCCAUCUGGAUGUACUGGCAGCCCGAUGUUUCAACCAAACAGACCGAAGCUCUGGCCAAAUUCUGCCCACUGUUUGGCUUACCAAUUUACAUGGAUGUCGAGGAAGGUGAUAGCUUGUGGGACUUAAUGCUGCGACAGCACAGCUGCGAUGCAUACGAACUGCCACUGGACGAAUUCCAUAUUCCUAGCGAGGACAUGCGCAGUCUGUUCGUCUUGCUGCAUCAGCGCAAGGUUGUGUUCACGACUGAAGCGGAGCGCCUGCUUCAAAAAUAUUAUGUUAUCUCUCGCGUUCAGCACCCAACCAUUUUCAGCAGCAAAACUUUUGUGGUGCUAAAACAAUUUGCCGAAUCUUUUGCCAAACUCUCGCUGCGCCUGCAGGUUCUGGAGACAGAUGUUAUUGUCAGUAUAUUCCUGUGCGAGAACUUUGUGCAGCGCGUCUUUGGUCCGAGCGACAAUGCGCCAUCGUUUGCUGCAGCUUUCAACGUCAUAUCGAAAAUUGAUCCUUACAUGAAUGAGUUUACGCGCUGGUUGCUCGCAUAUUUGGAUUGCAACGGCAAUGAUGAGGACGAUGAUGGCAAAUUGCCAGCAAAACGCGCUCGCGUUUUCACUCUCGACCUAAUAUAAAAUUUACAUUCCUAGAGGCCUUAAACGCUUUAUAUUUUUAAGAGCUUCGGGUAAUAUUUGAAUUCACGGUUGUGAUACAGAUAUGCCAUGCACAUACAAACUCAAAACGUUCCUUUUAAAUAUUAAACAAUCUUGGGCACUUUCACCAAAAUUUUUCGGAAUCAAACAAAAUAUGCUGAACAAUCACAAAUCAAUAUGAAUCGAGUUAACGAUCUAACUAAUAAAUGUUAACGAAAUCAGCAUUCUUAAUAGUUUUAAAUGAUUGAUUUACUUUUCACGCAUAUACAAAUUUAAUAGUCUGUUCAAUCAUUAAUCUUAAAGGUGAACUUUAGUCGUCCAUUGUUUAAAACACAAAACAUGUUAUAUCAAAACGACAAACUGUGAACAUCAAUUUAAUUGUAAGCCAGUCUAUAACUACAUAAAUAAUUAAAUUAUUCCCGUUGCGUCGGCGCCAAAAGCACACUCUGUGGGCUGUGUCUAGUUAUGAAACUUAAUUUGUUAUAGACACUCGAUAAUACUACCUCAGACAUCUUCAAACAGGGAGCAACUUAAAAUAAGUUAGAUGUAGAAAAUCUACACCAAAUAUGCAAAGCAGGAGGAGGAGCUAUACUAAUCUAAAAUGUUUUUAAACCACCUAAAGGAAAAUUGCUGGAUUGCCAGAAAACGAAUAUGAUGCUGUUUUCACAAUCUAUUACAAGUGGGUGCAAAUCCAGUCCAGUUAUUUAAUGAAAAAUGAUGAUUUUUGAAUCAAAUAAAUAUGCAUUUAUUUAUAAUUUUUUUUUACUUUUUGGAAUUAAAACAUUAAUUUUUUUAAA